UUGACAUACCUAAAUCAUUUUGUAUGUUAGAGAUGUGGAGUUUAUACCUAUCUGUUUUGAGUGCUUCUCUGAGUGUCCUCUGUGCUUGGCCAGAAUUUGUAAACAAAAUCCCCAAUGGGAGAUCUGUUCCCAACCCCUGUGGGUCAGAACCAAAACUAUGGAGGGUGGUGGGGCACCAGUACGCCACUCGGAGUUUAUUCAGCACAGCAAAAAAAAGGGCACUAACCGAUCCGUUCCUAAACGUUUUUGGACAGAUGUACAGGGACAACAACUACCGGUGGAGUGAUAUCUGUGACCUUGACGCUGAUGGUGACGGUAAAAGUAACGGCCAGGAGCUGGGGGACCCCGACUGUGUUUGGAAACGGGGUCAGGAACCAGCAGGACCCGCAACCGGACAUCCAGGCAUAUGUGAAGACGCAAACAACCAGGUAUGCGCUGAUCACCCUACUGCCAGCUAUUGCUCAGCCUCACUGCCAUCCCUAAUGGCAGCUAAUGCACCAAAUGUAAAUAGCCAAGGAGAGAUUCCCCCGCCUCCAAUUGGACAGCAAGGAAAAAUUUCCCCUCAGCCAGGGAAUCAAGAAGGUGAAAAUCCCCCUCCAUCCGGGGAUCAGCUAGGGGAACUUCCACCACAAAUGGGUCAACAAGAGGAACUUCCACCACCAAUGGGUCAACAAGAGGAACUUCCACCACCAAUGGGUCAACAAGGGGAACUUCCACCACCAAUGGGUCAACAAGGGGAAGUCCCACCGCCUCCAGGGGAUAAACCAGGGGACAUUCUUCCUCCACUAGAGAACCAGCAAGCAGGAAUUCCAUCUCCACCAGGGGACCAGGAAGGGGAAAUUCCCCUCCCGCCCAGGGAAAUUCCUUCCCCAAUGGAUCAACCAGUGGAACUUCAACCACCUCCAGGGGAUCAACAAGGGGAAAUUCUUCCUCCACCAGAGGAUCAGCAAGCGGGAAUUCCCCCUCCACCCGAGGAAGUUCCACCUACAGAAAGUCGACUAGAGGACCUUCCUCCAACUCCAGCCCCCUUCUAGCUCUGAAAUCCUUUAAAAAUCUGGAAACAAUAGAAAUUUUGUGUUUGCCACUAGGAUUCUGCAGCGAGCAUUAUUGAUGAUUUUCCAUGUUUAUUGUCUGUUUGUUACAGUUAGAAGAACAAUUUAGACACAUUGAUGUAUUAGAAAUACUAUAUAUACCUCCAAGUUUGGUCAACCUUACUAGGAUUUGUUUUAAUCCUAAACUAAGCGAAACCUUGGUCGUCUGUGUGAAAACGAGUUGAUUAAUCACAAAGUUUGAUAUGAUGCCAGUGACAACGGUAACAUUUACUUAUAAAUCAUCUGUAUUCUGAAUCAGGUACAUGAAUUAAUAAAAUUUCAUGUAGCA